AUGGGUCAAACACUAACGUGGGGAACACCACCACCCAAGUUCUCAUACCUCAAGCUCUUUCAGCUUCUGGUGCUGACUGGUCUUUUCUACUUCUCUUCAGGCUUUUGUUUCAGCUCAGGCAUCAGCCAGGUGAUCAAGACAGUGAGAGAUACAGCAGUACUAUCCUGUGGUUACAACAUCUCUGCCGAUGACCUGGCAAGAGUUCGCAUCUACUGGCAAAAAAAUAGUGAAGUGGUGCUGAGUGUCAUAUCUGGAGUAGAGGAAGUGAGGCCCAAGUACAAGAACCGCACCAUCACUAGCAUCACCAAUAACCCUUCCAUUGUGAUCAUGGCUCUGCACUUGUCAGACAAUGGCACCUACACCUGUGUCAUUCAGAAACUUAUAAAAGGGAGUUACCAAAGGGUACAUCUGAGUUUGGUGACACUACUGGUCAGAGCUGACUUCCCUGUCCCAACUAUAACUGAGCUUGAAAAUCCAUCUGCUAACAUCAAAAGGAUAAUUUGUUCAACCUCUGGAGGUUUUCCAAAGCCUCACCUCUCCUGGUUGGAAAAUGGAAAAGAAUUAAAUGCCAUCAACACAACAGUUUCCCAAGAUCCUGAAAGUGAGCUCUACACUAUUAGCAGUGAACUGGAUUUCAAUGUGACAAACAACCACAGCUUUGUGUGUCUUGUCAAGUAUGGAAAUUUAACAGUGUCACAGAUCUUCAACUGGCAAAAACGUAAGUCACUUCCUGGGGAGUUUCUACUGUGGAAAUAG